UUUCCUCUUGGCCUCAAACCGGUACUCUCCCCUUCCCGCUUUUACGCGAAAACACUACAUGUGUUUUCUCAACGGAAUUUUAAUAUAGUGCGGUCUUUCUGCAUAUGCAGAAAAAAAGUGGUUAUUUACAGUACACAAUAUGGAGCUGAAUUUCACACAGACAGGGCGCGACUUUCUAGAGUUACGCGCGCUGGCGCAGAAACUACUGACUCGGGGGAACAACUACUCUCUGCGUCUGGAUAACUACUCUCUUUUUGACAACGGAUCGGAGCUCGAUCAGGAGGACUCAUUGGACGUCAACACUAACAUCUACUCGAAGGUCCUGGUCACUGUGAUCUAUAUCGCGCUCUUUGCGGUCGGCUGCUUAGGGAACUCCGUCACGCUGUACACCCUGGUGACCAAGAAGUCCCUCCAGAAUAUCCAAAGCACUGUCCACUACCACCUGUCCAGUCUCGCCGUCUCCGACCUGCUAAUACUAGUCCUCAGCAUGCCCGUCGAGCUCUAUAAUUUCAUCUGGGUCCAUCAUCCUUGGGCGUUCGGAGGAGUUGUUUGUAAAGGCUACUAUUUCAUUCGGGAUGCCUGCUCGUAUGCCACGGCGUUCAACAUCGCCAGCCUCAGCGUCGAGCGUUAUAUGGCGAUAUGCCACCCUUUCAAGGCGAAGAGCAUCAUGUCCUGCAGCCGCACCAAAAAGCUGAUCAGCGGGAUGUGGGUGGCUUCGUUCCUCCUGGCCUCUCCGAUGCUCUUCACCAUGGGACAGAAGUAUCAUGGACCCCACCGGGAGAAGAUAUGCACCACCAUCGUGUCUCCUGUCGUAUUGAAGAUAGUGAUUCAGGUGAAUGUGUUCCUGUCCUUUGUGGUUCCCAUGGUAGCCAUAUCUGUUCUGAACGGGGUCAUCGCCAGUCAGCUGCUGCGUAUGUUCAGAGAGAAGCAGCAGGACAACCGCGUCUGCAUCGUCGAGGGUAACCCUACCAUGCUGAGUGUUGCUGUGGAGCCAAACCGCACACAGUCGCUGCGUCAUGGAGUCAUGGUUCUACGGGCUGUGGUUGUUGCCUUUGUGGUUUGCUAUCUACCCUACUACAUCCGGCGCCUCAUGUACUGCUACGCAGAGUUUACAGAGGAAGGAUAUGAUUACUACCACUACUUCUUCAUGGUGACCAACGUCCUCUUCUACGUGAGCUCAGCUGUCAACCCAGUCCUCUACAACCUGGUCUCAGCCAACUACCGGGAGAUCUUCUUCAACACGCUCCGCUGCUUCUGCGUGCCGUGUCGUCGCAAGAAACAGAGACGUGUUCUGAUCAGACACUCCACCAGCAUCUCCAGUAACCACACCUUCUCCUCCAACAUCAUCAAGGAGACCGUCUACUGACCACCCCCCAAAAACCACACCCCUGAUAACACCGUCUACUGACCACCCCCAAAAUCCACACCCCUGAUAACAUUCCAUUUCAGAACUGCAGUGUAUGGAAUCUAUUACUCAGUAGGACUCCAUGUAUGUUUGAUGGAGAGCCUGGUACUGUGAAUCACUGACACGUUGUGCCACAAACACAAAAAAAAUAUCCACAAUUUGAUAUAUUGGUGCAAUCAUCUGAAAGAAAGAAGGAAUGGGGUGAAAAAAAGAAAGAUUAAGGGUGUAGAUAAACUCAAAUUACAUUGGUUUCCUGUAAGCAGUCUAUGGACAAGGUAUGACAGCAAUCCAUGCUCUGGCUUAGUUUUCACAUGCUAACAUUUUAGCAUUUGUGGCACAAAUCCCAUUCAAUUCAAGGGAACGAUAUUAGCAUUUGUCGCGCAUCAUGUUCAAAUCAUAUGUGUGACUUUGUUGAGAUACACAAUCAAUUUUGGGCACUUUUGAACAUGAUGCGCAAAAAAAUGCUACUAUGGGUCUGAUGACUGCAGAAACAGUGCCAGGGCAAAAGCAUGAAUUUAUGUAAUGCCUUGUCCAUAUGCUGCUUACAGGGUAAUCAAACCAACAUGUUAUUUUGUAAUUUGGGUAAACCAUUCCUUGGAGUGUUGGAUAUAGUAGUCUUUAGCAUUGUAAAUAUUGUAAACAUGUAUGUACAUUCAGAUUUUUAUAGAACUGUCAAUGCAUACUUGGUUUUAUUCACAUACAGUACUUUACAAAAUGAUAUGAAGACGAUGAGAACAACCUGCACUCAUCAACAUAUGUCUGGAUCUUUGAAAUAUGAGGCAAAAAAUUGUAUUCUGUGAAAUUUACCAGGAAGUGACUUCCCCUCAGCCUUGUAGGCUUUUUGAAUGACCUUCAAUGGGUACAAAUUUUGCGCAAUGGUCUUCAAGUGCAAAAACCUAGUACAUUUAUCCAAAAACACUAAUGUAUUUUUAUCUAUAUAUCUUAAAUGCAUUUUCACAAAUGUUAUGACAUAAUCGUGAAGCCCAUUCAAAAGGUAGGACACAUGAUACUAAAGUAAAGUGGAAAGGGCAGUAACUUUCACAGGGUAUUAUCAUUUCUCUCAGACUCACAGUAACUGGGUCUAUUUUUUAAAAGAUACAGAGAACGAUUGUCAAAAAUGAUCUGCUGCGGAUGUAACGUCAGGAAAGAGUAUUGAUCAUAAUAAAUAACUUGGCCUUGCUGUUGUCUGCUCGGACUGUGAAUGUUAACUAAAAUACAGAGAGAAGAUCUACUAUUUCAUGAAGAGGGAAAAACAGAUGGCAUUCACAGCUAAUGGGUGAUCGGCUGUGGUGUUGAACCCUGUAGGUUGUUCUAGAAUGACGACUCCUGGCCCUUUACAGCUAAUGGGUGAUCGGCUGUGGUGUUGAACCCUGUAGGUUGUUCUAGAAUGACGACUCCUGGCCCUUUACAGCUAAUGGGUGAUCGGCUGUGGUGUUGAACCCUGUAGGUUGUUCUAGAAUGACGACUCCUGGCCCUUUACAGCUAAUGGGUGAUCGGCUGUGGUGUUGAACCCUGUAGGUUGUUCUAGAAUGACGACUCCUGACCCUUUACAGCUUUUGAGACACUGCUGUUGGAAUAUUUAAGACGUACCACACCACUGCACAAUAGGUCACUGUGAAUCCCACUGUGAUUCAACACAUCUUUAUCCGUGUUUUAUUUGAGAUGAGACUGUUUGAGGCUUGUAUGAUAUUAACACUACAUUGUCCUUCUGUACUUAGGCUAUGACCUUUGAACCCAUAACAAAUUAUUCUUUAACAUCUGAUCUUGAGAGUAAUUCUGUAACAGAGCCAGCAAGGGGAUGAGAGUGGAUGGCAUGAGCAACAUCCAAGAUGGCGUUACAAGACAGAGCACUCAAUGGGACACGAUAUGGACUCUGGUCUUUGAAGCCUGGAGAGGAGAAAGCUCUGUAGCUGACCUGAAUGUAGUCCACAGCACCCUGUCAUGACCACUGAGAGUCUGUGCAAUAACAUUGUGUCACAUGGACAAUGACAAAACGAGUGAGAGAUAAAAUAAUGGAUACUGUGAUUUAGACUCUGAACACACGAUUACAACGAAUAAAAACACUGAAAGAACCAAGGUUGAUUAACGUGGAUGCAGGAAAUAGAUAAGAUUUGUGGGGAUGAAAGAGUUGAAAUAAGUGCAUUC